AUGUCCUCCAGCCUCCUGAUGUUCUUGGUGGCACUCCAGUAUGUCAGUGCCUUCCUUGGGAACAGAGAAUCCAGACCUGGAUGUGGUGUCCAGAUGUGGUUUUCCCGGCCUGGCGAACAGCCGGGCGCUUUUACUUUCACUUCCACACGUCUCGGGACUCAGCGUUUCGCUGUCAGACCCGCGGGGACGCGCCUUCCACCGGCAAACGGCGGCCACAGACGGGGCACUGAACGGCCCCGCUCGCUCCCGCACACCCCAACGCCUGCUCCCAGCCGUCCCACCGCCCUUCCCGGCUGGCAGCAGCAGCAUGCCCUGCCCUCUCCCCGCGCCCUCAGGCACCGCCGCCCGAGCCCUCCCCGCCUCGACUCCCCCCUCCGGCCCCGGGGAACCCCCGGGACCCCCCUCCCCGCGGCCCCACCAGGCCCCUGCGCCGUCCCAACGCCUCCCCAGGGCCACGCUCCUCACACACACCGCGGGGCCGCCCUGCCCUCGUCCCCCUCGCCCACGGCUCCCCCCGUACCUGUGCCCGGUGCCGACAUGGGCCCGCCCGGCCCGGUCACCGCCUCCACCUCCCCCGCCCCGCCGAGGCCCCCGCCCGCUGCUCCCUUCAGGGCUGGGGGCCGCCAGCGGCGCCGCCUGAUCCCCGGCGCCGCACCGGCCGAGCCCGCGCAGCACCGGCCGAGCCCGCCGCGCUGCGCCCGGGCGAGAAGGGAAGGGCGGCGCCGCUGA